AUGCACGAUGCCGACCAACUCGUAGUCAACUUGAUCAAAAGCAACCUCUCCAAGAACGAGGCCAAUGUUCCCGCCAUCAACACCCGCCUCUCAGAAGCUUUGGACCAGCAUUGGGGCAACGACAAGACAUGCCAUNCACUUGACUGGCAGAAAGCCACCACCGCUCUCAUCUCGCAAGCCGCAGCCGCCUUCUCUAUUGGUCCACAGCUCGCCUAA